UGACACUCGAGCUUCUUACUCAGCGAACCGGGGUCAACCCCCUGUGCUUUGGCCGCGGUCACGGAAAUAUGAUUUUACGCGAAGAGAAAUAACUAACUUCUGGAAAUACCAAUAAACAGACACAACAUAUACUGUGGCAUUUUGGAGCAUUGCCGGAACCCUUGCAGAGGAAUGGCCAAAGAUCAGAAACAAAACAGGGUAGAAACAUUUGUCUUUGCUGGAUCAAAUGGUCACAAUGGCCAACAAUGGCAGACCGGUGUGAAUAACAAGGUGCAAAUUAACCUACCAGCCACCCAUCAAAUGUCGUGCCUAGCCUGUGUUACAUCUAAUGUGAGGCACAAGUGCGCUGCUUAUGUACUGGCACUGAGACCAUGGAGCUUCAGUGCCUCUCUCACACCCGUGGCUCUUGGCAGUGCCCUAGCAUAUAAACUGGAGGGCUCUGUGGACUUGGUCAUCCUGAUGGUGUGUGCAGUGGCUGUGCUGGUCGUCCAUGGGGCAGGGAAUCUUGUGAACACUUACUAUGAUUUCUCUAAAGGGAUUGAUCACAAAAAGAGCGACGAUAGGACUCUUGUGGAUGAGAUCUUGGCCCCACAGGAUGUAGUCAUGUUUGGAGCGAUUUUAUAUUCAUUGGGGUGCUUGUGUGCCACGCUCUUGUACUUUCUUUCCACGCUACGUCUGGAGCACCUAGCCCUGAUUUACUUUGGAGGGCUCUCCAGCUCUUUUUUAUACACUGGAGGCAUUGGUCUCAAGUACGUGGCCCUAGGAGAUGUGGUAAUCCUGAUCACCUUCGGCCCGCUGGCAGUCAUGUUUGCCCAUGCUGUGCAGGUGGGCUACUUGUCAGUGCUGCCCCUGGUGUACGCUGUCCCCCUGGCCCUCAACACAGAGGCCAUUCUUCACAGCAACAACACCAGAGACAUGGACUCUGACAAGCAUGCUGGCAUUGUCACGCUGGCCAUCCUUAUAGGCCCCACACUGUCCUACAUCCUCUACAAUGUCCUGCUCUUUGUCCCCUACGUGCUCUUCUGCAUCCUGGCCACACACUACACCAUCAGCAUGGCCUUGCCUCUGCUCACCCUGCCCAUGGCCUUCCCGUUAGAGAAGCAGUUCCGCAGCAGGUACUAUUCCAAGAUUCCACAGAAGACAGCCAAGCUAAACCUCUUAAUGGGACUUUUCUAUGUCUUUGGGAUCAUUUUGGCACCUCAAGGCAGCUUGCCGCUGCUAUGAUUUAAUGGCUUUGGCAUAUCUUUUUUUAAAACAUUUUUUUUUUAUACCCAGUUCUCAUUUCCAUACGGGCUAGCCUGGGUAUGUCUUUGUAACAGUUUACUGGAGGAGUUGCAAUGGCUGUUAUUUAUAAUGUAAUUUAUAUGUUGAAAAGAAUUGUUAAUUUAGUUCCUACUCUGUACUACCGAAGAUCUAAAA